GGCUGUGCCUGGGCUGGCUGUACUCUGGCGGUGCUCGGCCUCCCCCUCUUUGUCCUCACGGCUGGGCUGCCUGAACGUGGCUGCUUGCGGGCGGCUGUACAGCGGUCUGUGAGUGCAACGUGAGAGAGGCUCUCCGGGUCACUUCUCUGAUAGGCAAAGAUCAUCUCUCCCUAAAGCUGAGGCAGACAAAAGAAACCCAAACAAAACAGCCCAAAAAAACGUGUGAUGCUCUGAGAGGCAUCUAACGGCAAAGAACAUAGAGCAAAACAAAAUCAGAGUGUCACGCUUUGCACAAUUCUGCAUAAAAAACAUGAGAAAACCGUGUUAGGACCUGGUGGUGGCGCUGCUGUCCCCACAUCGCGGCGGGGGAGGUGGUUCGUCCUCGGGGAGUGCAGGCUCACGUCUCGUUUCUUAACCUGUUAUGAGGAAGGGUUAUGGGACUUCUUUGUGUCUACAAAGCUGACACAAUUUCUGGCUGAUUCAAAUAAUGUGAUAAGCGGGGCAGCUUUUUAGGGGAAAAAAAGGCGGAAAAGGUCCCUUAUUUGUAGUAAUGUUCCUGACAGGAAUCAGAGGCAACCUUUCACUGCUCCCCUCAUGGGAACGCACAGACCAACCCUCCCACCUCCUCCCGAUGAGGUUUUACUUUAGCCAGGAAACUGCAGAACUAAAAAUCUAAAGAGAUUAGGGCAAAAAUACUUGCAAAAUUACCCAAAUACGCUGUGUGGAGUGUCUUAGGUUUGGGGUUUUUUGUGUUAGGCUUGUUUUUUAACCCUGUCAGGUACGUUGCACCAGCACACAACCAGUUGGUAGCACCGGGGUGUUUGGGGCCGGACCUCGCGUUCCCUCAGAGCUGUGGAGAAUCCCCAGCUCCCGCUGGGGCCGGCACAGCCUCGGUACAAACAGCCGGUGCGGGCGCGGAACACCGCCGCUCCGCGUUCCUGGGGCCGGGCACGGAGCCCGCCCGCCGGUCCGGCCGCGCCCCCCGGCGGUCCCGCGGCUGAGCUGCCGCUGAGGGAGUUGCGCGGGUCGUGCCCUUGCAAGAUGGCGGCGGCGGCGCUGUGCCCGUGCCAGGCCGUGCUCGCCCGCCGCGGCGGGGCUCUGCGGGCGCUCUGCGGCUCCGUGCGGGGCCUCGCUGCGGGGACACAGACGCACUUCGGCUUCCAGAGCGUGACGGAGGAGGAGAGGAGGGAGAAAAUUAACCAGGUCUUUGAAAGUGUGGCCAAGAAAUACGAUGUAAUGAAUGAUUCAAUGACUCUAGGGAUUCAUCGAGUGUGGAAGGACAUCCUUGUGCAUAAAAUGAACCCUUGCCCAGGAACACUUCUUCUUGAUGUUGCUGGAGGAACAGGUGACAUUGCCUUUCGCUUUAUUAAUUACAUUCGCUCUGCACGGGAACGGCAGCUCCAGCGGAAGCUGAGGCAACAUCAGAAUUUAUCGUGGCAGGAAAUUUCUGAGAGUUACCAGGAAGAGCAAUUUAAGCCACUAGGGGAUUCCCAAGUGGUGGUCUGUGACAUUAACAAAGAAAUGUUAAAAGUUGGGAAGCAGAAAGCACAGUAUCUUGGCUACUCUGAAGGCUUAUCCUGGGUACUUGGGAAUGCUGAAGAGUUGCCCUUUGAUGAUGAUAAGUUUGAUGUUUACACAAUUGCCUUUGGAAUCCGAAAUGUAACUCGUAUGGAUUUGGCACUUCAGGAGGCCUAUCGUGUGCUGAAACCAGGAGGAAGAUUCCUCUGCCUUGAAUUUAGUCAUGUGAGCAAUCCUAUCAUUUCCAGGCUCUAUGAUCUGUACAGUUUCCAGGUUAUCCCUGUUCUGGGUGAGGUAAUUGCUGGUGACUGGAAGUCCUACCAGUAUCUUGUGGAGAGCAUCCGACGUUUCCCCCCUCAGGAGGAGUUGAAGGCAAUGAUAGAAGAUGCAGGCUUUUUUAAAGUGGAUUAUCAGAAUUUGAACUCGGGCAUUGUUGCCAUUCAUUCAGGUUUCAAACUGUGAGUCUACUGUGUAGCAAACCAGGAAGUGUAAUUUUCCUGGCGAAUGUGAAAGGCAUGGAACUUUAUCAAGAUUGAAGAGGAGUUUUAAGAACUCGUGCAGCAGAUACUUGUUCAGCUGUCAGAUCCUGAAGAGCAUCAGCACUUCCCCCCAGAGGUCUGCGGGCUGAUGGAGUGACACCUGGGGAGUUUCUUACACUUGCAUUUCCCUUCAAGUGCAACGUAACAGACAUGGCCAAAGCUGAGCAAUGCUGACAAAAUGAAGCCACUUCAGUUACCAGUGGUGUGGGUACAGAAACAGACUAACCAGUCUUCAAAUAAGAUGCCUUCUUUUUUUACUGUGGUUCAAGAAGGAUAUUGCACCAGUGAGAAGUGACUUGAAUUUAUUAGAUUUUUAUUAAGUGGUUAUUAUCUUUGUCAUGUGGACUUUAAAGGAUUUUCCCCCGAUUCCUUUACCCUUUUCAAGGGCAAAGGGAAGACCUGUGAAAUAAAACCAGCUCUGCAUUAACUUUUUUCACUUAA